CAAAUUUCCUACGUAUCUGUCGAUUGGUAUUCCUAAAUAUUUUACGCAUUUUAAACCGUAAACAUCUUCUUUCUCCAUAUAUAUUUACGGACAUUCACUGUACGCUACGUAAGUAUUUAUUUUUACGUUUUCGGAAUUAAAAUAACAUCCAGCGAGGUGAUGGAUAAACAGUGCAAACAGUUUAUUUGUGAAAUCUCACAUUAAACGUAACGCUUUCAAGCAGUAAUAAUAAGCUUGCAACAUACGUCGGACAUGGAGGACGAUGCACCUGUGAUAUACGGCCUCGAAUUUCAGGCUCGUGCACUUACUUCCCAGACAGCUGAAUCGGAUGCCAUUCGUUUUCUUGUGGGUACCCAGUCCCUCAAAUUUGACAAUCAGAUCCACAUCAUUGACUUUGAUGAUGAGAAUAACAUCAUUAGUAAGAGCGUCCUGCAGCACCAGGCAGGGGAGAUAUGGCACAUCAGCGCCAGUCCUGCAGAUAAAGCCGUGCUGACGACCUGCUACAACAAAACCAGUGAGAGUCGCGUGGUGACGUGUGGGGCUGUUUGGAGGAUGCCCCCAGAGUGGGAGUCAGGGAGCCAUGAAUCCCCAGACGAUCCCCACAACUCCCACAACCCCCAGAACCUGGAACUCCUCUGUCACCUUGACAACAGCUCCCACGGCAACGCCUCCUGAUCUCCAGCAGUGCCACCUUAGAGGGUAAAGGUCAACUGAAGUUCACGGCUGGGAAGUGGAGUCCACAUCACAGCUGUACCCAGCUGGCCACAGCCAACGACACAGCCAUCAGAGGCUGGGACCUCCGUACCAUGAGUCAGAUCUACUGCAUCGAGAAUGCUCACGGGCAGCUGGUUCGAGACCUGGACUUCAAUCCUAACAAACAGUACUACCUGGCCAGCUGUGGGGACGACUGCAAGGUCAAAUUCUGGGACGUGAGAAACAUCAACGAGCCAGUUAAGAACCUGGAAGAGCACUCCCACUGGGUGUGGAGCGUGCGCUACAACCACUCUCAUGACCAGCUGGUGCUGACCGGCAGCAGUGACAGCAGGGUGAUUCUGUCCAACAUGGUGUCCAUCUCCUCCGAGCCGUUCGGUCACCUGGUGGACGACGAUGACCUCAGCGACGGAGAGGACAACCACCAGGACCAGAAAACUAAGGAGCCCCUGCAGGACAGUAUCAUCUCUACCUAUGAGGAGCAUGAGGACAGUGUGUACGCAGUAGAGUGGUCCUCAGCAGACCCAUGGCUCUUUGCCUCUCUCAGCUACGAUGGCAGACUGGUCAUCAACAGGGUCCCCCGUGCACUCAAAUACCAUAUCCUGCUCUAGACAGACCUCACACUGGACUGAGAAAAGAGGGAUAGAGGGUGAGGUAUGGGGGGAGGGAUGGGGAGAGAGGGGAAGGGAUUGCGAGAGAGGGAUAGAGGG